AUGCCAAAAUAUCCGUUGACCCGGUCGAAGGGAUCUGAGGAGAAUUGGGAGCAUUGCACUGACGUAUUUUGCGGUUGGAUGGGGCUACUGGGCAGUGGUUCUGUUUUAUGGUAUCUUCACAGGAAUCGGAUUUGGAGCAGGGUAUUCAGUUAUAAUCGCAACGGCAUCAGAGGUACGGACUUUUGGACAGGAAAGCGAAACUCUCACAUAUAUAUAUGGUUACAAAAACUAAAAAUCCAUCUUCUCCUUGAACGCGUCCUCCUGAAUUUUCCUGGACAUUCAUUAGCUGUCACUCAUAUGCAAGGAGACGCCACAAAGCGACUCCAAAAAUUCCGGAAGAGAUUUCACUUUUUGAUAGACGCGAGGUGGAUUUACGGGAAAACCACACACUACUUGCAUUGGUUUCCAAAUCGGCGCGGCCUAAUUGUGGGCCUGGUGCUUGGGGGGUUUGGCGCAGGUGCGCUAUUAUUUACGCCGGUUCAGACCGGUUUUAUCAACCCCGCCAAUCUAAAGGUUAACACCACUACAGGGUUGCUGAGGACUACUCGACAGCCCAAGACCGGUUUCGCACUUCUUGGGGCUCAUCAGAAGCUUUACGCAACCGGAGAUUUUAAACCGUGUUCCACAGGCGUUCCUGCUGCUAGCGGGAAUAACAGCAACUCUGCAAAUAAUAGGAUUUCUGCUCAUGCAGGAAAAACCGCAAGUGAGCCUUUUUUCUCUGGUAACUGCAACCUAGAUGGCCUGCAAAAAAAGAGUGGGAUGGUUGACGUACCGCCUCUGACUGUUUUCAAAGCCCUGGACUUUUAUCUUUUGUGGCUCUCUGUAUGUUGCGGUGCCAUUCCUAUUACCCUGGUGACUUCUUUGUAUAAGGUUGCUGGAAGCCGGUAUAUCUACGACGAUAUCUUUCUUGCUGGAGUGUCGAUGGCCGCAUCUGUAUGCAACUCUGUUGGUCGUGUUAUUUGGGGUCGGAUUUGUGACCGUAUUUCAUUUAAAGUGCCUAUGUGCUGUAUGUGCAUCUCAUGGACCGCGCUGCUGUUGAGCUUUCCAUUCAUCUCCGUAUUCACUGGUACUGCCGCAAAAGCCACGUUCGUCCUGUGGGUUGGCUUUAUGUUUCUGUGUCAAUGCGGCAUCUUUGUGUUCGCCCCAACAGCAGCCGCGACGAUUUUUGGGGCGGUGAAUUUUGCUGUCAAUUAUGGAUUUGUUUACACAGCUUUCCUUGUUGGGAGUCUGAUCGCAUCUAUGAUGACAAAUCUCGGUCCAGCCGGAGCAUCCAUUGAAGGCCAUUUCUUCGUGGCUGGGGCAAUGUCUUUACUCUGUGAGUGGAUAGUUUAA